GAGGCAGCGAUUCGGUUUCCCGCGCGGCGCGCGUGCUAGCACAUAUUAUACGCAUUCAUACACAUAUAUUCGUAUAUAUGUACCUAUAUACACAAUGGAGAACGGACACACGCAAACAUACGCGAUUCGACAGCUGCACGAGUGAGCAUAGUGUAUAUUAUUCGCGAUCGCAGCGCUUGUUGACCGCAUUUAAAAAGUUAAAAAAGAGGAGUGUGUAACCGUCGAGGCAUUUAAAGAGAAGCUUUUCAAAACACUGGGCGAGUCAUGAUUCUCGUUCAGCAGUACAGACCUGAAUAUUUUCUAUGAAGCGCGAGAAGUAUCGCCUGAAGUAGCAUAGGCUGCGCUGCAUAGGUUAGUUGGAAAAUAUACCGCGUAUUUGUCGUAGCUGUUGUUGUGCUACUGUUAGAGUGUUUGUGAUUGUUGACAAAUACCACGGUGCCCAACAUGCCGGGUUCGAGUGGUUCAACCAUCGGGGAAACGAGCAACAUCAAGGAUUCUAUAGACUCGACGAUCCACCUCAACGAUGCAUCCGGGAGCGACCCCGAGCAGAACAUGUGCAAUGGAGUCACCACUCCCCAGCAGUCCAAUUCAGAACACAAGCACUAUGACAACUCCAUCUUCAAUACUAUUUCCAAAAUUGUCAAUCGUACGGCAAAGGUGCCAGAGAUACAGGAUUUCAAAAUUGUCAAGCCCAUAAGCAGGGGUGCAUUCGGCAAAGUAUUCUUAGGUUACAAGAGGACUAAUCCAGAUCAAGUUUAUGCCAUAAAAGUUAUGAAAAAGAAUGAAAUGAUUCACAAAAACAUGGCAUCCCAGGUAGUCAUAGAGAGGAAUGCAUUGGCAAUUGUUAGGAGCCCUUACUGCGUUCAGCUCUUCUAUUCGCUCCAAUCCGCUACCAGUGUCUACUUAGUGAUGGAGUACAUGGUUGGCGGAGACUUGAAGAGUUUGGUAGGAAUGUACGGUUACAUGGAGGAAUCUAUGGCUGCUUUUUACACAGCCGAGGUUUGUCUGGCUCUCGAAUAUCUGCACUCCCAUGGCAUCGUACAUCGAGAUCUCAAGCCAGAUAAUAUGCUACUGUCCAAAGAGGGCCAUGUCAAGCUCACAGACUUUGGUCUCAGCAAAAUUUCUACUUCUACUUUGCACCGAGACUUGGAGAUAUCUGACUUGGUGAAUUGCACUCCCAGCUUAUGCACCAGAACUCCUGGUCAACUGCUCUCUCUGACAUCUCAUCUGACCUUUGACUCUGGACUGAAAUCAACAAUAAGUAACGAUUCGAACCUCAACUCCAGUGAAAGAAGUAACCCUGCCAUGGAUUUAUUACCAGAACUACAGAUGCGCGGUCACCACCAUUCUAACAGUUCUAUAAAUUCGCUUGCUUCCUCAGGUGUUCCAUCUGGCGACUACUCUCGCGUCUCUGGUGUGACUCCAUUUCAGUCUGCCGAAGAUAUCAAGAUCUCGGUAUUUUCGAGCGAGAGUUCAAACUCGAGCAGUUACCAUACAGCAGAGGCAUCGGCCUCCUCUUCAGUUGCCUCGUCGGAGGCUUCUGCAUGCGAGUCUAACAACAACAUCAUCAACCACAACACAGAGGAGGAAGAUGAAUCAACUCUCGAGGCCGAACAGUCGCAACAUCCGUUACCUCACCAUACGAGUCCACUGAGUACCUGCAAGAAAACACUGUCUCGCGGGACCAAAAGAAAAAGACAUGCUCAGGGGAUGCAGAGUACGGGUCUGACGAGGGAGAUCUGCUUGAUGGGCUUAGAUGGCGAUCUUACCCCAAAGAGGAAAAACCGCGGACACAUGUACUCCUGCAGGAGUCCGCCAGCAGUUGUGACAACCUUUAGACGUCAGGUCAAAGAUGAAGAUGGCACUGUAAAGACGGAGACUGGAAGCGGAUCCGUAAGGGUAGCUUUUAGCACGCCGGUUUCAUCGACAAAAAAUCGGAUUCGCAAAGAGGAGCGAAUUUUCAAGAAGGAUGAAGAGAAGCUAAUUGUCAAGACCACGAGGUUCGAUCUGCCCCCGACCACCGCGACACCAGAUAUUGCGGGAGAAGACUUGAACGGUAGCGAGCUUCAUCCGCAGCACAGGUCGCCUCAGGGAAUAUCGCCUAUAAAGACUCCAGCACCAUCGGGGAAUAGUUACACGCCUUUUCGGACACCAAAGUCUGUGAGGCGAGGAGCACAAGCCACCAAUCGAUCAGACGACAGGAUUCUUGGAACUCCAGAUUAUUUGGCUCCAGAAUUACUUCUUAGACACGGUCAUGGAGCAGCGGUGGACUGGUGGGCGCUGGGAGUCUGUUUAUUUGAGUUUUGUACGGGCAUACCGCCUUUCAACGAUGAAACGCCUGAAGCCGUGUUUGCUAACAUCCUAGCGCGUGACGUGCCUUGGCCUGAAGGUGAAGAAAGUCUGUCUGCAAAUGCGAUGGCGGCCAUCGACAGCCUGCUCACCCUAGAUCAGAACGUACGUCCUUCAGCCAAGGAAGUGCGUACGAUGAAGCUUUUCGAGAACUUUCCCUGGGACGAUCCACAGAAAGCGGAACCGCCCUUUGUUCCGCAACCUGACGAUAACUAUGAUACAUGCUAUUUUCAAGCGCGAAAUAUCUUACAACAUCUUAACGUCAGCAGCUGCGAUACAUGACCGUCGUCGGGUGCCUUGUUUAGUCCAUCCAAAGGAAUUUUAGAGAAAUGUGCGUAGCAUAAUGCGAUUUCAUUUCAUAUUUUUAACGAUUAAUUUUAUUUUUACAUACGAGCGUACGUAUAACGUAAAUGCAAAGGACUGUUUUUAUUUAAGACUUAUAGUCAAGGAUUUCGAUAAAAAAAUAGUAGCAAAAAAAAAAAAGAAAAAUCAUUGUAAUUCGAUCUAAGGGGACUAUUUAAGUACACGUUGUGCUUUUUUUACUGUGGGAUCUCGAGCACGUCGGAUUGUACCGAGAGGUAUGCGUUUAAGCAUGAGACGUGCACCUGAAAGAUGUAUCGUUUAAAGCUUAUAUUUCAUUAGCAAUUUUUUUUACGCAAUUCAGUAAGAUCUUCAUUAAUUUCACGGAUUUAUAGUUCUUUAGAAUAUUUAUCUUGAGAUUUUAAACUUCAGCGAUACAUUUUUUUAUGCGAGUCGUAGAUGCUGUUAAAAUAAAACCAACGUAGAAAGUAACCCUUGUCAUAGCUCUUCAAGCAUAUUUUAAUUAACCUGCUUUAAGCGGCCGUCGUUCACUACAAACGAUUCAGAAGUAUAUUUUAUUUUCGUUGAUCGGAGAUGCGUCUUUUUGUCGAGAAAAAUAUUUACUUGCGUUUUUUUUUUGUAGAAAUAGAAAAUGAUUGAUUAGGAAAGUAAAUAAUUUUUGCAAUAAAUGUACAUUUUAUAUAUACUACGAAACAAGACUUCUUGGCUUCUUCUCUAUUGCAAAGAAAGCGAUCGACGAUUUCAUCGCAUGUGCCGCACUUUCAUACUUCUGUCUGUAAGCAUCUUUAUCAAAUCUAUAGCUGUGCAGCUUACACGAUUUUUACAAUGAUACAUGCAGCACUUUUACCGAUAAUAACUUUAUAGAUAUUUUUAUCGAACAAAUGUAUAGCGUGUAUUGUCAACGUAUAUUGUUGCAAGGUAAAAUGUUAUAAAUAGAAAAGUAAUUUUUUAUUCGUCAUGUCAACUGAAUCAAUUUUCUAAUUCAAGCAAAUAAAAAAGCUGUAUAUAUACGUCAACACCACAUAAGAGUUCAAAAGUGGUUUAACGACGUUUUAAUAAUGUAUAUAAUAUAAUAUAGGCGAAUAAAACAUGUACAUAUGAUGUAA